AUCCCCUGGAGAAGGAAAUGGCAACCCACUCCAGUAUUCUUGCCUGGAGAAUCCCAUGGACAGAGGAGCCUAGUAGGUUACAGUCCACGGGGUUGCAAAUCGUCAGAUACGACUGAGCGACUUCACUUUUCACUUUGACUUCAAAAGGUGGCACAUGUUCCUCUUUUGACUAACACCAUAACUAGAUGAACUGAUGAAACAGCAGAGGAUACUGAGGCACAAGUAUUAGGGAGGAUUAACGAGUCGCCAUGGCAUGUAAUCCAUGUUGACAAGUCUACCAGCAUUGACAACAAGGCAACAAAGCUUGUCUUCAUGCAAUAUUUUCAGGAGGGUGUGCAGAACAAAAUGUUAUGUGCACUUUUGUUGCCAGCCAACACCACAGCUGCAGAACUAUUCCUGUCAUUAAAUGACUACAUAUCGGGGAAACUGAAUUGGUCAUUUUGUGUCAGUAUGUGCCCGGAUGGCGUGGCUGCCGUGACUGGACGACUGUUUGGCUUCACUAAUCAGGUCAAAGAGGUCGCCUCUGACUGUGAGUCUUCACACAGUGUCAUCCAUAGAGAAAUGCUGGCUAGCCAAAAAAUGCCACCUGAGCUUAACAUGUUUUGUAGGAUGUGAUUAAAAUUGUUAAUCACAUUAAAGUACAUGCCCUUAACUCACAUCUGUUCACAUAGCCAUGUGAGGAAAUGGACACAGAGCUUAUAUGUCUUCUCUUAUACACAGAUAGUUUUCUAAAGUUAGAUGACUGGCCAGAGUUUUUGAGUUACGAGAGCUGCUCCAGAGAUUUAUUUUAGAAAAACAGUCACCACUGGCAGCACAUUUCAGUGACACAGAAUGGGUUGCAAACCUUGCUUACUUGUGUGACAUAGUCAACCUGCUCAGUGAACUCAAUUGGUCACUAUAGGGAAAAGGACCAGUGUGUUCAAGAAAAAGUGGCUGCAUUCAAAGCCAAACUGGAAUUAUGGGUCGAUGAGUGAAAAAACAUUGGGGUUUUUGACAUAUUUCAAACAUUAGCAGAGAUUUUGAAAGAAACUAAGUCAGGGUCUUCUUUCUCCCAGCUGGUGCAUGAUCACCUGUGUCAGCUUUCAAAAGAGUCAGCAUUACUUCCCAACCACAAAAGACCUCUGAGCUGGGAAGGAAUGGAUCCGUGACCCAUUUGUGAAUAAGCCAGGUCAAUCGACUUUGUGCAAGUAGAGGAUCAACUGACUGCUUGAGAUCACAAAUUACAGUGGCCUUAAAAGUAUGUUUGAGACAACUUCAGAUCUCCAUGUGUUCUGGAUUAAAGUCAAGGCAGAAUAUCCUGAAAUUGCCACAGAAGCACUAAAAAGCCUGCUUCUGUUUCCAGCAUCCUCUCUUUGUGAAGCGGUGUUUUCUGCAAUGACGGCAACCACGACGAGAUUAUGGAGUAGGCUGGACAUAAGCAGCACACUUUGGGUGUCACUGUCUCCCAUCACCCCCAGGUGGGACUGUCAGUCGCAAGAAACCAAGCUCAGGUCUCCCGCUGAUUCGACAUUAUGGUUUCACUGAAGAAACAUCUUAGAGAGUCAUCGCAUUUCCAAGAUUAACAUUUACAAUUUGGAGUUGUUGACCUUCUUAUAAGAAAGACUUUGGCCAUCAAAAUGAAAACUUUCUUUGAAGUUUUAGAACAAUUAUACAAGAAGGUACUUCUUGGAGCCACACUUGAAAAUGACAGCCAUGAUUACGUCUUUUAUCUCUACCCAGCAUUUUCAGAUCAAGAUUGUUCUGCAAGCACCUCCCCAGACUGCUCAAAUGCCCGUGAUGUUCAGGACAAACAAGAGCCAUCCUCUGUCAGCUUGCCUACCUUGUCCGUAGCACCUGUGUGUUUGCAGAGACAUUCUCAGAUGAGCAAUACCCGAGAAAUAACGCUCCUUCAGUUAACAGUGAUCAGAGUGAUGAUAACCAGAAUAUUGUCUGUGGAAACUGAAUUCCAUGCAAAGGAGAAAUACAGAGAUAUAAUUAAAAUUCUUUUAAAAUCAUCUGACAUCGAAUCUCAAUUAACCUGUAUGUUCCAGAACUCAGAAAAAUUGUUAUCUCACAUGGCAGCAAAGUGCCUUGCACUAAUUCUGUAUUUCCAACUGAAGGAAAAGAUAACACUGAGUAAUUUCUGGAUUUCUUUUUGCCAAAAAAAUAUUUCUGAAUAUUCUGAAAGUAAUAAAGUAGUAUACUGCCUCUGGAUACUUACCUUUGUAAUUAAAGAAAUCUUUAAAGAUACAUCUUCACAAAAAACAGAAAUUCUAAAACAGUUCCUGACUCCUUUUGACACUCUUUUUGAAGUCUUUUACAAUUCCUUAUUUUCUCAGCAUUUUGAAAACCACCAAGAUGCUUCUAAACUAAUAAACAGUUUAAUAUGUUUCUUGGAAUUGCUUGAACUUCUUAUAGCCUCCAGAAUCCACCUGAAGUUACAUUUCACUUGCCAGAGGAUUUUAUUUUUGAAAGCUUCUUGUGUGUUUGAUGUUAUUACCUGGCCUGUUCAGGCUUUUGUCAAAAGGAAGUUGAUCAUCGUCAUCAAAAAGUGCCUUCUGUGCAAGGCGGGUGAAGACCUUUGUCGGGGAUCUGUCCCUGCCUUCGUGCCACCAGAUAAUCCUUUGCAUGUGGACCUGCUGGCUUUGGCCAGCGCUGUUCUGCAAGCUGUGGAUUUGGGCUUGUUGAGGACAUUGUCUGUCCGUGGAAAACCUUCCUGCUUUGGAGGUGGUGAAGUCCUACCUGGAUAUGAGCAUGCCCCUGGUCCAGAUCAUGUGAUUCUCAGAGCAAUGAGUUUACUUAUCAUAAGAUCCUUAGAAAUCAAGUUUCAAAAUUGUGCUUCAGCAAAUGAAAUGAAAGUUGAUUUACAGAGGUUCAUGUCUGAGUUACUGAUCUUCUUAAAGCCUCACCUUCAGCCCUCUCUGCAAUCACACAAUCUCUGUGAGUGGUUGUCUAGGGUCUUCAUAGAACAAGACGAUGACAUGCUGGAGGCUGCCAAAGCAUUGCUGGGCAUCUAUCUGAAGUUGACCAGAGAAUGUGAAGCUACUGAAAGCUUGACCCAAGAAAAAGAAAUGUGGAACCAUCACACACAUGAAAAUGGCUAUAAUCCACACUGUAUUUUUUUAUUUUUAUUAAAAAAUAUAGGAUUUGAUUCUACUGUUCUUCUUGAUUUUUUGAUUUCAUCAGAAACCUGUUUUCUUGAAUAUUUUGUUAGAUACUUAAAAUUAUUGCAAAAAGACUGGGAUAAUUUUUUCACCAUUUGCAACUAUUUUGAUGUAACUGAAUCUAAAGAUAACAUACAUAUUUGUUGUUGUAUCUCCUCACUUGUCCAAAAUAGAAACAGCAACCCAACAGAAGCUAGUCCUUUGGCUGUUCUUGGUAGUCACACAAAUGCUCAUUCUUGGGUCUCCUGGGCCUCUGCUGCUUCUUCUGAACCACUGAACCAUGGUGUAACGUUGGAAAAGGCCUAUACCAAGCCCCAGGCUAAUUGUCUUUCUACCCCAGGAGCUUCUCAAAGUCUGGUAGAUUAUGACAGCUCUGAUGAUUCUGAAGAAGGAUCCACAAGCCUGUGUUUAGUAAACAGUAGACUAACAUCUUCACACCAAGAAGCAAUGAAGAAAACUCAGGACACAUUUGGAGCAAGUGGGGAUAAAAAAGAACUUAGCCCAGAGUCUCAGUCAAGGCCUCUGGUUACUAAAGAAUCUAAUACCCCAUUCUCUGUUUAUUGUGACGUAGCCCCAGAUAACACUGCUUCUGAAGUGGGAAUAUCUUACAGAACAGUAAAGUGCUUUGAAGAGCUACAAGGUGCCAUUUACCGUUUGCAGAAGAAAAAUCUGUUCCCAUAUAAUCCAACAGCACUUUUAAAGUUGUUAAAACAUAUUGAGACGAUAUAUAAUAAAAGUAUGACCCCUUUGUAUAACAAUGACAUUUUAUUUCCAGGAACUGUUUUUCCUUAAUAUAAUUGUGCCUUAAUGAGAUAACAGUAUUAAAAAUAAUUAAUAAACCUCAAAAGAGUU